AUGUUUAAUUUGUCAAACAGUGUAACGAAUAAUAAUCUGAAAGGCAACGUAUCAGCGCUGACACCUUUAGCUGUAACAGGUGCAAACAGUGAAGCAUCUAAUGACAUAAUAAGAGAUUGCAAUCUAUGCCAAGUGACGCAAGUUAAUAUACAACAACAUGCUUUUACCGUUGAACACAUACGUAAAGUAAAAGACCUUUUAGCACAAACAAGUGCAGCAGCUGCAGCUUCAAUAUUUCAAGGAGGCGAAGAAGAUGUCAAAUGCUCGCUAAAUGAUUACAUGGAUCAGAAGACACUCCCACCUAAUGGAGAGCAAAAUCAACAAAAUGUCCAACAGCAACAGCAGCUGGCUCUAAUGAUGAUGGCUUUUCAAACACAAAACAUGCCGAAUUCGUUGAUGGCAUUUAACGCCCUUGAAGACAAUUCUGCUGAAUGUGUCGCAACAGAUGAGUUAAGUGAAAAUAGUUUUUCCACAAAACUCAUACCUAAGAAUCAAAAGAAAACUAAAAGAAACGCCAUUAAAAAGAAAAAGUUUACAAUGAAAAAAUCCAACCCAGCCGAAAACCUAGCAACUGAUAAUGAGCUAUUUUUUAAUUUAAAUGCCAAUACGGCGGUUACUGCUCAUUUGAACGCUGCAACUGGCAGUAUGGUUGACAAUUACAAACAUGUUAAUAUAAGUCUAGACUCAAACGAGGAAAACGAUGGCAAUAACAAUCAUGAAGAUGUUGAAAUGACUGAAGAUGACGAACAAGUCAUUGAGGUAAAAAGUGGAAACGAACCAAUAAAUGAAGCCAAUGACAUAACAAAAUCUCAAAUGUAUAAAUAUAAUCACAUCGCCGUGAUGGAAGGCAAAUAAAUACAAAAUCGAUAUUGUAAGAAUAAAAUGAAAUGGAUAAUGAUAAUUGGAUGAACAUGAAAUAAGAUGAAGAUUUCAGGAAAUAAAAACAACAUGUACUAUUACGGAGUAUUAUCAACAUAUAUGUAGGAGGAUCAUCUCUGUCAAAAGCGCAAACUGCUCAAUUUUUUCAAAUUUUAUUUCUUCGUGUUGCGAAAUAGUUGAAGACACUAGUUUUAGAACUGGAAAAUUUGAAAAGAAACCACAAAAGUUCCUAUUUUUUAAAAAAAGAAAAACGAAAUAAAAUACAUUUAAAUUUUAGUAUAAGUAAGCGAACAAAGCAAACUUGUGUGGAUAUUUUAGAUUAUAAAACCAAAAAAUAACUGGA